AUGAAGUUAACGAUUAUUUUUUUAAUUUAUAUAAUAUUACUAUUUUGUAUAUCAAAUGCUUUAGCAAAUGGAAAUAUAUUAGAAAUUGCUUGUAAAAGAUAUCCAUUCAUGCAUAUGUGUAGUGUAGCCAAUUUCGAAAGUCAAAGAGAUGAAAGUUCUUCGAGUAAUUUUAAUGAUAAAAAUAAUAAUGAUAAGAAAAUUGUUCCUAUAAAUGAAGAAAGACUAAUAACAUCUAGAGAAAUUGAUGAAGAGAAAGAAACAAAAAAUCCUUUUACUGAUGAAACUUCAACAUUUAAAGAUUCAUCACAUUCAAGGGAUGAGGUAAUUGAAUAUUGUAGAAAUUAUAAUAUGAACUUUGCAACCAGUUGCACUAAAAAGAUAAAUGAAACUGAUAGUGAAAUAUUAAAUUUUUGCAACUCUUUCAUCUCACAUUGUGAAGGUGUUGAUUAUGAAAAAAAAGACACUGAUAAACAUUCACAUAGAAAAGUUGAAACAGAUGCUGAAAAAGAUUUAAAUGAAUUUAAACAUUUUACAGAUGAAAUGCAUAAAAAACGUAAAAAAAAAAAAUUACGUCCCUGUACAAUUGAUUGUGAUGUUAAAAUUUAUAAACAUUGUACAAAUGAAUGUAAAUGUGAUUAUGAAUAUCCUUCUGUUCAAAAAUUUUGUAAUCCACCACCAAUGCCAUUAUUUUUAGAAACAUGUAGAUUAUGGUAUAAUAGAUGUCCAAAAUUUGCCCAAUAUCAUUACUCAUCACAAUUUAUUUAUUCUAAAGCUUCAAAAGGAAAAACGCUUCCUGGUUCAACUCAUCUUGCUUCUGAAAGUAGUGGAUUUCAAGGACAAACAUAA